CUGAAGCCAAUAGCCAUGCAAGACGCGCUCAUCUUCUUGCUCCCCUUGACCCUCCUCCUCGUCCACAUCGUCGUCCGUCUCCGGCUCCGGCAUGCACCGACGCGCAAGGCAGCCUACGCGCGGCUCGCCGCCGUCAGGUCGGCGCUCCUAAGCAAGCUCCCCACUCUCGGCCUCGGCCAGCCGGAUGUCUACGUCACCGACCGUUUCGCCGCGCACCGCCUCCUCGUCCGCGGCGCCGCCGCCGGCGGCGCGUUCUCGGACCGCCCUCCGUCCAUCGUGCCCAGCGCCGUGCUCUCGCGCCGCCGCCACUACAACAUCAACUCGGCGCCAUACGGCCCGCUCUGGCGCGCCGUCCGCCGCAACCUCACCUCCGAGAUCCUCCACCCGUCGCGCCUCCGCCGCUACGGCCCCGCCCGCCGCCACGCGCUCGGCGACCUCAUCGCGGACCUUGACCGGCAGCGCGCGUUCGGCUCCGGCGGAGUGGUGCUCGCCGCCGAGAGCCUGCGCGAAGCCAUGUUCGGCCUGCUGGCCGCGAUGUGCUUCGGCUGCGGCGUCGACGGCGGCCUCGUGCGCGCCAUGGCCGACGCCCAGGACGACCUCGUCCAGUGCUUCCUCGGGCUGCGUGUCUUCGCCACGCUCCCCGCGGUCACCGGGCUCAUAUACCGGAACCGGUGGAGGAAGCUGGUCGAGCUCCGGAGGCAGCAGGAGCAGACGUACCUCCCGCUCAUCGACGCCCGUCGCGACCGGGCCAACCGCCACGGCGAGGCCCCGGCGUACGUGGACACGCUUGUCGACCUCCGCGUCCCGGACGAGCACGCCGCCUCGGGCGGCAACCGUCGCAGGCGCCGGCGGCAGCAGCAGCGGAGGCUCACCGACGGCGAGCUCGUGGGGCUUUGCUCCGAGUUUCUCGGUGCCGGCACGGAGCCCGCCGCGGCGGCGCUGCAGUGGAUCAUGGCGAACCUGGUCAAACGGCCGGACGUGCAGCGGGCACUCCAGAAGGAGAUCGACGCCGCCGUGGGCGCGGACGCCGAGGAGGUCGGCGAGGAGGUUCUUGGGAAGCUGGAGUACCUCAACGCCGUCAUCAUGGAAGGGCUCCGGCUGCACCCCACCGUGCCAAUGGUGCUUCGUCAGGUGAUGGCCGAUGACCAUGUCGUGCUGGACGGCCGGCGUCUCCCGGCGGGCACGGCGGUGCACUUCCCGUUGGCGAGGCUGGCGCGGGACAAGGCGGCGUGGGCAGACCCGCGCGAGUUCCGGCCGGAGAGGUUCCUGGCCGGCGGCGAGGGCGAGGGCGUGAGCCUGGUGGCGGCCGCGGGCAGCGCCGGGGAGAUCAGGAUGAUGCCGUUCGGCGCCGGCCGGAGGAUCUGCCCGGGCAUGGGCGUCGCCGUGCUCCACCUCGGCUACUUCGUUGCCAACCUGGUGAGGGAGUUCGAGUGGGCGGGGGCGGAGGGCGACCACGCCGUCCACCUGCGCCCACACCUCGGGUUCUUCACCGUCAUGAAGCAGCCGCUGCGUGCGCGUCUCAUGCGGCGCCGGCGCCGGGAGGCCAACCCGUGCUGCUAGUAAAAUUAAGAACAACAAUGUACCAUGCCCCCGUAUAAUCAUGGUUUUAAAUAGCGGGCUAAGUGGUUUAGUAAUUGAACUCAAAAAACAGCUAAUAGCGGGCUAAAUGAAGCUAUAGCGGGCU